CCUUCUUCAUCACUAUGCUAAUCACUCACUGACCAAAACUCUGUGUCUUCUUUCUCCCUCUCAAAGUCUCAAAGCUGGCCUGUUAGCCAAACAAGAACUAAUUGUGACCCCUAAAUUGAAAAAGUAAUCAGAACAAGAUCUAAAAGCAAAGACACAGUGCAAACCUUUACAUUUUCAGGGACACAAACCCCAGCAAUCUGCGAUUCUUUUCUUGUACCUGUGAAAUGCGCCUUUAAAGCUUCUUGUCUCUGAAGGAUUGGCAUUGCUUUACAGUCAUGGCUGGGGAAAUAGAAGAACCCUUUUGUUUUAGCUUUCAGCCAAAGUCUAUACAUUCUGGCUCCAUAUCAUUUGGGAGGUUCGAAAACGAAGGCUUAUCUUGGGAAAGGAGGUCUGCUUUCUCACAUAACAGAUAUGUUGAAGAGGUUGAGAAAUGCAUGAAACCAGGUUCAGUUAUUGAGAGGAAAGCUUAUUUUGAAGCUCAUUUUAAGAAGAAGGGUCUUCCCAGACCAAAUUUAGCCGAGUGUUAUAGUGGUACAUGCUACCAAGUCGGCGAGAAUGAUGUAUUAGAGAGUGAUGACGCUUACAGAGAAGAAUGUGAACUUGAAAAUGAAGGGAGCAGUUAUGCUGAAUCAGAUGACCAAAGGUCGGAGGGUUCUGUGUAUCUUGGAGAUUUUGAAGUCACAGAAUGUGAAAAAGAAGAAGAUACUGAACUUCCGUCCUCUGAUCCUCAGAGGGCACCUGCAUUGAAUCAUAUUGCUAUUUUGGUGGAUGGUGCUGUUGAAGAUGUUAAUUUUGAGGAAGCGCAUCAACCCGAGAAAGGUUGUGCAAAAUCUACUUCGAUUGUUGAGGAACUGGAGAGAGAUGCAAAUGAGAAUCAUAAUGGUGAUGCAGUGAAUGCUGAGGAGCCGCCUAAGAGUGUUGAUAUAUGUUCAAAUACUGAACCAGCUGAGUGUGUUGAUAAAACCAUUGUGGAAAGUGGGAAAAGUACUUCUUCAAAGUUGAAGGCUGUAAAAGAAUCCAAAUUUGUAAAGCCCAAGGCCAGCAUUUCUCAGGUCCAAAGAAACAUUUCUGCUAAGGGAUCUGGUAAAUAUCCUAUAGAGAAUUCCAAUACUGGACAAAGAGAGCGUACACGAAGAACCGAUAAAGAAAAGCUCCCAUUAAAGACUGCAAUGCCAACUAAUAAGGAUUCUGUACGCAGAACUCCGAAGUUAGAGGACUCCAUGAAGGGAAAAUCUUUAAAUGAGAGUAAAAGUGUUAAAGAGUCAUCGCAUAAGAAGCUCGGUGAACUUCAACCUUCUGCAUUCAAGCCUGAAUCCAGAGGACGCCAAAUGACAAACAGGGUUAGUAACGGAGCCAAUUUGACCAAGUCUGAUACAAGAUCAAGUGUUACAACUUUCAAAUUCAAAAGUUCUGAGCGAGCAGAAAAGAGGAAAGAGUUCUUUAUGAAGUUGGAAGAAAAAAUGCACGCUAAGGAAGAUGAAAUGAACAAGGUCCAAGCAAGAAAACAGGAAAGGACAGAAGCUGAGACGACGCAAUUCCGGAAAGCCCUCAACUUCAAAGCAGCACCAAUGCCUUCUUUCUACAAUGUAGCUAGCGCUUCGAGGCCUGAUGGGAGCAAGAUUGUCUCAACCAAAUCCUCUAAAGUAGAAAAAAGCCGAGACAGUGCUGCUGUAAGAUCGACAUCAGCUUCAGAGUCAGGAAAGAGUGAAGCUGCCACAGGAGAAACUAAAUGCAAGAUGGCUGAGGCCUUUGUAACAAAAAGUGAAGUCACUACUGUGCAGAGGAGUCGAGCAUUCGAGAGCAGGAAGGUGGCGAAAAAUGAGAAAAACGUGGGGAAGCAGAAAGUUGGAGCCCAAAGAAAUAGCAGAGAGAUGGUGAGGAAGGGUACUACGAAAGGCGUGGGCUUUGGAAGCAGUUCCAGAAUGAGUCAUCUAGCAGUUGGUGUUGCCUCAUGAAUGAAGACUCAAGGCCCCCCUUCUCUAAAUGUGCUAGCUCCAAUUUAUGGUGCUUUGUGACAAUCUUCAAGAUUCAAAACCAAUUUGUUGCUGCUAGAACUUGCCUAGCUUUGUAUCACUUCUAGUAAUAGGCCCAUGGUCUGAUCCUCACACGGGACCUUGUAACAGACCAUGUAUAAAUUGUAGCUGAACAGAGACAAUGGUUGUGCUGCUUGAGGGAGUAGAAUAGUCUUGGCCCUCUUGCCACCUUAUAUAUGGAACCUAAAGUAAAGUCCAUUGCAUCACUCAUCAAGUAAUAAAAGUUGGGAAACAAGUUCUAUUUGUACAAA